AGCUGGGGAUGAAAGUCACGCCUCGAGGUCACCAGUACGGCAUAAGUUAGCAGUAGUGCUUAUUAUAGGAAAAAGAAGUUUCUCGAGAAUUUGCAGCUUUGAUUGUAGUCAAAGGAAGGAAAAAUCGUGCCAAUGAGGAAAGUGCCGAACAGAGGCAAAAGGAAGAUGGUCACAGCAGAGGAUCAGCUAUCCCUUGAUUUAGAAACCAAUUACCCUGAGUAUGUCAUAAAAGUGGGGAAAAUAACAUUUGGGGAGAAAAGCAAAAUCUCUGAGAAAGAUCAAAAGGAGAUUCGGGAGAAGAUCAAGAAGGAAACGCCUGAGAAAUCCAACAAAGAGGUUGAUAGAAUAAUACGCCAAAUUAAAAAGGAGCUAAAAGAGAAAAUAGAACGUCAAGCAACUCAUCUCAGCCGAGCGGCCUGUGCCUUGCUCAACUCAGGGGGAGGAGUUAUAAGGGCUGAAAUUGAGGCUGAAGACUUUUCUUUUGAAAAUGAUGGAAUUGGACAGGAAAUACUUAAGUCCCUUAAGAGGUGUAUUCAUUACUCAGAGUACCUGGAAUAUUUUGACUUUAAACCAGAAGAGUCUUCCAUGUUGAUUUUUGUGAAAUCCUGGAGCAGUGGGAACUCAACAUACCCGCGCCUUUGCAGUCUGAAUACGGGACUGUAUGAACGAGACAGUUCCUCGGCCAUGAUAAGGGAUCCUAUGAAUGCUUUGAGUUUUCUUAGAAGAAAGAAAGCUGGUGUCCUUGAAUAUUCUUGCACUGAUGGAGAGCCGUCACCCAAAAAAGCUUUUCUUCAAAACUCUGUCCUGCCUUCAAGAGAAGUUAGCAUGCAAGAGGAGGCGCUUCCUGAGGCUGCCGCUCAGUUUUUUAAACGAGACCAACUGACGUAUGGAGAGAUCCUAAAUCAACUUGCUGAGUCACCAGAAAUUGAAUUCAAAGCAUUCCCAAAGGACAAGGGGAUUCUGGAAUUUGUUGAAAGCAAAUUGCCAGUCUAUGUCUCUGCUUUUGCCAGUGCAAAAGGAGGACUCAUAAUAUUUGGUGUGGAUGAUUCCAAAAAAGUCUGUGGACAUACACAAGAGGUAGAGCCGUGCCAAAUGGAAGAUGAAGUUCAAAGGACCAUUCAUGAAAGACCCCACUUCCACUUCUGCACUUCUAGGCAAAAUGUCACACAUGAAUCCAAAAUCAUGCCUGUUUAUGAUACCAAUCAAGAAAGCCAUGGUUUCGUUCUUGCUCUGAGAAUUAAGCCAUUCUGUUGUGCUGUUUUUUCAUAUCCCCCAGAUUCGUGGACUGUAAAAAAUGCUGUGGAGAGAAUUGAAGCCAGUGAAUGGUGUAAACUGAUGACUGAAGAAGACCGAGACAUGUCGGAGCUUACAGAAAACUUCAAGAGGGAACCGAGCAUAUCGCAUAAACCACUCCUCUGCAAACCUGUGUAUUCCAUCAAAGGUAUCAAUUCUCUGAAACAUCUUCAACAGUCUCUCUUUCCAGCAAAUUCAGAUGAAAUAAUUUAUAAACCAGAAAAACUUUGCACGGAGCUCUUCUCCAGGUAUCCCAAACUGGAAAACAUCAUGAAAAAGAAAAUGGAGAAACUGCGGAAUUCUAAGGGAAUCCUGAUCUUUUCAAGAAGCUGGGCUGUCGAUAUUGGGCUUCUGGAAGCUCCAGAUGUUGCCUGUGACAUCCUCUUAAUAGCCACAAAUGCAUUUCCAAGGCUGUAUACGAUUUCUGUCUCUUCAGCAAUCGCUGUAUCUGCAUAUUCAAAAGAAGUUGCCCGAAUAUUAAAGCAGAAACUUGUGAAUGAAGGGGGAUACACUGGGAAAGUGUGUGUGAUUCCACAUGUCAUCGAGCUUGGAGCCAAUGCAGAGGUAGAGAGAGAUUCAGGUUUGGUCAGGUACCCUUCUACAUAUAAGGUCUCGAAGAAUAAUUUACAGGAAUUGAUACGUUCCCUUGUGAUUGUCUUGUUGAAGUUUAAGUCUCCCUUAAGUGACCAGCUUGGCUAUGAAUUUUUCAACCUUCUGACUAUUGAACAAUAUGAGAUCCUCAAGACGAAUCUUCACAAGAGCAAGAAACUGUUCAUCUAUGGCUUUCCGGGAUCAGGGAAAACCAUUCUGGCCACGGAGAUCAUAAAGAGAAUAAAGAAUGUUUUCCACUGCAACUCUGAAGAAGUUCUUUACAUUUGUGAAAACAAACCUCUGUGCAACAGUGUGAGUAUGCAAAGGAUUUGUCAGGCUGUGACACGAGCUGCCUUUUUAGAACCGUUCUUCCCUUUUUCAUCCUGCAAUCUUGAUCCAGUGAAGCACAUAAUAAUUGAUGAGGCCCAGAAUUUCCGGUCAAGUAAAGGAGACUGGUAUGCAAAAGCACGGGAUAUUACCAAAGGCAAUGGUGUUUUAUGGAUCUUCUUGGAUUAUCUACAAACAACUCACACUUUUGAUUGUGGCCUCCCAGAUCAAUGUAAUCAGGAACCGCAGGAGUGGCUAACAAUAGGGGUCCGGAAUGCCACCCAGAUAUAUGAGGACAUGUUGCAACUGAUUAAAAAAAUUUUAUCUGAACCCACAAGACUUAAUAUUCCAUAUAACCAGUUGAAAAACCUUCUAGAAAAAGUUCAGUGUGGUCACAAUCUAGAAGGUAUUUUAAGUAAACCUCAAAUAAGAGACCAAGAAGGAAUAGUAACUUAUAUAGUCAGCAAAUGUGUCUCCUAUCUCAAAAAGGGUUAUUCUGGUGGAAACAUUGCUAUUCUGUGCAAUACUACCAACGAAAGAGAUGUAUACAAACCCUUACUAGAAGAAAAGAUGUCAAGACAGAUGAGAAAAUUGAGGUUGAAUGUAGCUUUCACAACACUUGAUAAAGCAAAGGGAAAUGACAUUGUUAUCAAUAGCAUUCGCCGUUUUUCAGGCCUUGAAAGAUAUAUCGUGUUUGGCAUUUUUCCACGAUCAGUCAACUGGAGGUUUGCUGACAAUCUGCUACUCUGUUUGGUGUCCCGAGCUAAUUUGCACUGUCACCUGUUGUAUGAUGACUAAAAAUCUGUGUGUUCUCAGGAGCCUCCAACCAACUUCUUCAAGAUCUGGCACAUUUAGAAAAUGACCAACCAAAUACACUCAGGUCCUUAUUAUUGGGAUGAUUUCAUCUCUCAAAUCCAGAAUACAGCAUCUUUCAGAGGGGAAACAGGUAGUAGUCCUGUACACACACAACAGUGAAUGCUCGAUUGGGGCUGUCGCUUGGGGGGGCAGAGGAUCUACUUUGCAUGCAAAAGAUCCCCAGUUCAAUCCACAGCAUCUCUAGCUAAAAGGAUCGGGCAAGAGGUGAUGUGAAAGAGCUCUGACUGAGACCUUGGAGAACCACUGCCAGUUCAAGUAGACAUUCUCCUUGAUGGAUUGAGGGUCUGAUUCAGUAUAAAGCAUCCUCAUGCAUCUUGUCCAUUAAGUCUAAAUAUGCAUUAAUGACCAUGUAAUUCAAGCAUUCACUGUAAUGUGUACAGCACUGUAAUGAUUUCAAAUAAAUGUGUGCGUCUUUAAAUGCUUGGUGAGAUAGGUGAAGAGUAGGGGUGAAAGAGAUGAGUGAGUGAUAUGAUUGGUUGAGGGCUGAGAGUGGGUGGAGUGAAUGUAGUUUAGACUGAGAGAGGGAGAACAAAGUUUCAGUCAGAGGAAAGCAGGCUAGCUGUGUGCUGCCUGAGCAUGUUGAAAUAUUUAUGAGAGAAAUAUAACCUGUAUGGAACCUGAACUGAGCAUGUUUGUGAAAGAACACUCAGUCAGGGAAAGAGAGGCCAGCUGUGUGCUGCCUGAGCAGGUUUCAUAUUUCUGUGAAUAGAAGUUAGAGAAAGAGAGGCUAGCUGUGUGCUGCCUGAGGAGUUUUAAGCAUUUCUGUGAAAGAAAUAUUGAGUUAGAGAAAGAGGCUGUGUGUGAAGCCUUGGAAGAGAUCUGUGUAAAUGAGAGUAAAUGAAGUAACUUUAAGAACCGAGAACUACGUUUAUGAAACCGAUACGCUUCCUGACUAAAUAAAAGUUUAUUUUGUUUUUGUUAUAUCCCAGAGUAGCUGUCAUGGCUAUAUCCCAUUCUUAUCCUCAGGGCCACACAGAACCACGAAGGAGCCUGAUGCUUAAGCACAUUACCAAAGGGAAAAUUUAAAUAAAAUAUCUUGGAAUAAUAUAUUCCUGGUGGCAGCAAACUACCCAGAGGGUAUAAGAGAAAGAUUAAAGGCAAAAUCUACCCCAAAGAAAAUAAAGGUCAUAACAAGCACUAACAUCUUUUUUCAGUUUCACUUUCUCCACUGUUGCAAUUAUAUAUCUAGGGGCAGGAAUCUGUAUUUGAUGCUUAUACUGUUCUUGUUAAUGUGGUCUGGUUGAAACCAGGUGAUGAUUGUCUAACAAAGGCCGAAAAAUGUUGGCUAAAUGCAAGUGCAGUUAUUAUGAACUGAAAUGUACUCUGCUUACUGAAAGCAGACUGACUGGGUGUGGCAUUGGCUAGCUCAGAGAUGUUGUGAAAGGGCGAUAACCUGAGGACUUCAGCCAGUUAGGGGAAGAAACCAGAAGCAGUACUUUUUCCUACAGCUGGUGGCUCCAAAUAAAUGUUAAGAAAGUUCAAACUAGCAAAAUGCUAUGCUGAUGUAAUCAGUAACCAAAUGACCACGAGUACCUGGCUUUAAAAAAAAAAAUAGAAAGUGAUUUUUUUCAUUACUUUAAACGUUAUACAAUUUGGAAAGUAAUUCUUUUUACAGAGGGGGAUUAGAUGUGAAUCCAAUUUUAAACUGCCUUUAAUCUAAAAUAUGUAAUGUUUUAAAUAUGUGUUUCUUUUUGUAUGUUUGGUCUAAGGACUGUAAUAAUAAACAAUCAAUCAGAAGUGGAUUAUAUAACCAUUUCCUGAUUUGAAAAAUAUUGCCACUUUCUGAUUUAUGUAGAUCUGACCGUCUGCUGGAUGUGAUCCCAUUAUUUUAUUCUUCCUUGCUCACAUAUAAUUGAUGAAUCUUCUAUAAACAGCAUCUACCACAGUAUAGAAAUUCCAGACAUUUUUCUUGGGGGGAACUCCUUGUUAUUUAUCACUGGGGUCAAAGGAUAGAAAGCCCUUAAUAAUUUAACUUACAAGUAAUCCCGUAUCUGCCCUAGUGUUACUAAAAUUUUAUUACUAUCAGUUUUUCUGUCCUGUUUAGAAUACCACAUUCAGAGAUACAGCUGUUGUAACACUGCGUUUUGCUUAGCAUGCUGAGAGGCUUUUUCUGGCUCCCUCCUUAGAAAGGUUUUUGGCAAAGAUCAUUAACAAGAUAUGAUUUUUGUCUGGGGCAGCAUUCCCACUCUGGUAUUGACUCAGUGUGUCUGUUUCUAAAAUUCUACAAAUAAUUUUAAAAAUACAGAAAUAUUCUGAAGAUGAUAAAAUCAAAAUGGAGACCAGCUACCAUUCCACAGCUAGCAUGUUUUCAGCAUUUAGAUGUAUUUUGCUAUUAUGGUUGUACGUUUUGUAUUUGACUUCUUGCACAUGUAAAUGUGCUUGUUGGUCUGUCUGAUUAUAAUGAUGCCAAUUUUUUCCACCUUCUUGUACUUUUGUUGUUCUUUGUGUGUUUUAAUUGAGACAGUAUCUAAAAACAAAAACUGAGUGCAUAAUAAAAUGCUUUAUUCAGACUAAGGGACCACAUGUAACUGUGCUUGUUGGUUUGUCUGAUUCUAAUGAUUCUAAUUAUUGGACUCUGUUGCCUGGAUUAUCAUUUUCAUAUGUGGGGUUAGGUGGCAUUUCAAAUUGUAUUAUACAGUAUACCUUACUGUUUCACCCUCUUGUACUUUUGUUGUGUGUUUUAAUUGAGACUGUAUUUAAAAACAAAAACUGAGUGCAUAAUAAAAUGCUUUAUUCAGACUAGGGGACCACAUCCAAACCAUUUCUACGAUUUCUGCUUUGUAUAUUUCAAAAAUACUUUAAAGCCUGCAAGUAACACUUACCUGGAGAAUCUUUUCAAGUAUGUGUCCUAUUUCUUACACCUCACAUACAUCACAAAAAUGUUCCACAAUGUUUUUGAUAGAGUGGGGACUGCAAGUCUAAAGCAGUGGUUUGCAAAUGUUCCACCCCGAAGAGAACCUUUUCCUGUGUUGGUUUCUGUAAACCACUCAAUGCUCUCUGGCAACUUCAGUCAGUAGGGGAAGACUAAAUGAUUUUAAAAAAUCUAUAAGUCUAUCCACUCCCAUUUUAA